UGUAUGGUGCUUCACGUAGGACAAACAUAUCAGCCUUUUUGACGUUUUGCCUCUUUAGUUUACAACUUCCUGGUUCUGCAGACGUGCAACUUGCAAGUCGUGGGCAUGGAGGACGUACAACGCUGCGAGACAUUUUUACAGACCCGUUCUUUAAGGGUGUGUGUCUGUGGGCUGCUCUUGCUCCUAGAUGCAGUCCUUUCCUCUCAGGAUUCUGCAAACGGAAAACAAGAAUGCUAUAAUUAUGCAAGUGGACACGUCUAUCCAGGAGAGGCUUUCAGAGUGCCCGUGUCGGAUCACUCCUUGCACUUAAGCAAAGCCAAAAUAUCGAAGCCCGCCCCUCAUUGGGAGGGAACAGCUGUGAUUAGUGGGGAGUUUAAAGACCUGAAGCUGUCGGAUUAUAAGGGGAAAUACCUGGUCUUCUUUUUCUACCCACUUGAUUUCACUUUCGUCUGUCCCACGGAGAUCAUUGCCUUCAGUGAUCGUGUCCAGGAGUUCCGUGCAAUCAAUGCUGAAGUGGUGGCGUGCUCAGUGGACUCUCAGUUCACACACCUGGCCUGGAUCAACACGCCCAGGAAGCAGGGAGGUUUGGGCCCCAUGAAGAUUCCUCUGCUGUCUGACCUCACCCACCAGAUCAGCAAAGACUACGGAGUUUACCUCGAAGACCAGGGACACACACUCAGGUACACACACACACACACACACACACACACACUCACCCCAUCAGAUCAGCAAAUACUACGGAGUUUACCUACACACUCAUUCACUCACGCUUCUGUCUCUGCUUUCACAGUGUGCCCAGCUGGGUGGAAGCCUGGCAGUGAUACGAUCAUUCCGGACCCAUCUGGGAAACUCAAGUACUUUGACAAGCUGAACUGAGGAGCUCAUGUUCUCCUGUUUAAUAUGCACUAGUUUGUCCCCCCCCCCUCAAACGUCUUGGACAUCAUUCUCAAAGACACAUCAUUAAGAGUCUGCUUGUCAUGUGUGGGUUUGGGAUGAAUUUGAGUGUUCAUGGUAUGAAGCUGAACUGAAAUAAAAACAGUGGAUAUCUUUUGAUAA